AUGCCUCGCUAUUCUCUCUUGCUCUUGAUUAUAAUUCCUAUUGCCAAUGGAUACAUUUUCGAUCCAUCUCGAACACGAAAAGUUUUGAUUGUGCCGAAAAACAAAAAUGGAUGGCACGAUUCUGCAACUUUCGCGCCUAUCGAUCCUAUACAAAUAGGGACCCAGGACUGGGAAGAUCUCACGGAAGUGGAAAGGUACUACUUGGAAACUAAAGGCACCCUUCGGUUCAGUGGAAGUAGUGCUUAUGACUAUGGGAAUCAGGAGUUGAAGGACGACUAUGAUGUUAGCGAUUACAUUGAUGAGGAAGACAAGGAAGACGAUGAUGAGAAAGGAUCUGGAGACUAUGGUGACGUCAGCAAGGAGGAUGAGGAUUCUGAAUAUGAAGGUUACCUUGAAGACGAAUUCGACGACUACGACAACCAAUAUGAGUAUGAUAAUUAUUAG